UUCAAAAGUGAGGGGAAAUGUUGGCAGCAGUGCUGGGCAGGUGCUUGUGACAUGCGUCAGGGUGGGCUGAGAAAAUUUUCUUUGCACUUUCCCAUUUGUGUGCAUUUAAAUGGGCAGUGAGGAGCAGUAGUUCACAAGGAGUGCAGCAUUCCGGAGGCCAGAGGUCAGGUGAUCACAUCGCAUGCUUAAGGAGACACCAUGGGGAGUCUGUGGACGGGAAUCCGGCGCUUCUUCCACUGGGGCCCAUUGACGGCGAUGGGCAUCAUAAAAGUAAUUUCUUUCGUUACACUCUACAUGAACGCCAUGUGGUGGCCGCCCAACUUGACAAUCGGUGGUUUGGUCAAUCAGACCAUUUUCCUCAUGCUCUCGUCCCUCACGGUCUUCAACUUCGUGAUGUCGUCAGUUACGGGCCCGGGAUUCGUGCCGCUCGGCUGGCGUCCCAAGGACAACAAGAUCCAGGAUGAGCUGCAGUUCUGCACAGUUUGCCAAGGCUUCAAGGUUCCGCGAUCUCAUCACUGUCGCAGAUGUUCCAGGUGCUCCAUGAAGAUGGAUCAUCAUUGCCCGUGGAUCAACAAUUGCGUCGGAUGGGCGAAUCACGCGUAUUUCUGUUACUUCUUGGGCUUCGCUGUGAUCGGCUGUCUUCACGCCACUGCUCUUCUCAGCGGAGCUCUAUACCGUGGUCUCAAUCGGCAUUGGUACAUAAUGCACGGCCGUGAGAGUCUGGCCACGGUUCACCUCACCAUGUGGACGCUUGUGCUGUGUGUCUUCAGCUUGGGCCUCUCCAUUGGCGUGGUGAUCGCCGUGGGCAUGCUUCUGGGAUUCCAGGUGCGCGCCAUCGUUCGCAAUCGCACUGGGAUCGAGGAUUGGAUUGUGGAGAAGGCCAAAUACCGCCGCGAAGGCACAGAUGAGACCUUCCGCUUCCCCUACGACUUGGGUGUGCAGCAGAACGUCGCCCAGGUGGUGAGCUGGUCGUGCGAGCCCGUCGGUGACGGAAUUGUGUGGGAGGUGGCGGAAGGGUGUGACCAGUAUUCGCUGACGAGGGAGCAGUUGGCACAGAAGGCGGACAAGAGGGCGCGCACGAGACGAUACAGCAUCGUGAAGAGGGCCACGGGCAGUUGGGUGCCUCUCUGGUCGCAGGGCAUUUGCGUCUCUGUCCAGCCACCGUGCACAGAUGAACCACGAAUUGAAUUGGAUGUUGGGGACAUCGUAAACGUGACACGAUGGCGGAAAUACUGGCUCUUUGGCGAAAAGGCCAACUCGACGAGGAAAUCUGGAAAGGAGAGCAGUGAGAAGGCCAUCCGGGGAUGGUUCCCAAGGCGUUGCGCCAUGGAAUUGGUGGAGAGUGAAGACAAUAUCGAGACGUACAUUAGCAAGAAGAGCAAAUAGCGGCAAUGAUGACCCCAAAGAGACUUUCAUGAGCAUUUUUCACUUAUUCACGCAGAUCAGGGACAUAGUGUUACCUCUCAGGAGUCACACACUCUCAUGUACACUGUAUUACGGCAAUUCAUUCGACACGAUCAAUGCA